UGAGAUAGACUUACCAUGCAGAGAGACCUCACAGGCAUUUCUUUUAAAGGAAUAUGGACAUCUUGUACAUACCAUUAACCAUAACUUUUGUUUUUAGUCUAGCAACGCCUUGUUCGUCGUAUUGUUUGCCCGGUUGCUCUUGUACAAAUGACAAUUUGGGAAGGUCAUUACUUUGUAUGGAAACCGCCAUGGGACAAAUCCCAGAAGAUAUCCCUGAUGAUUUUAUAAAGAUUCGCAUAGAGAAUUCACACCUGACCGAAUUGCCUCGAGGGGCAUUCUCUGGUGUUAGUGCCUUGGAGUUUCUUUGGCUAAAUUUCAACGAUAUCACCCUUAUGAAUAUCAAGUGUCUGGAAGGGCUCAGGAAUUUAACAGAGUUGAGGUUACAGGGCAACAAGCUGCGUUCAGUACCAUGGACAGCGUUCCAAGCUACGCCAAACCUAAAGAUUUUGGACCUAAAACAUAAUCGACUAGAUGUGCUCCAAGAAUACGCUUUGAGACAUUUGCCAGGUCUGACGUACUUAGACUUAUCCUUCAAUCAACUUACGGUCAUAUCAAAAGACGUCUUUCUGAACUGGCCUCUCCUCCAAACUACAGGAAAACAGUGGGUCAAAGAUGGUGUGGCAGCAAAUGUUGUUCUGGCGCUCCACGACAAUCCAUGGCUAUGUGAUUGUCGUCUUAAAGGGUUUGUCGAAUUUAUCAGAACUGUGAGCCCACCACUCAUUCUAAUGAACUCUUACCUGACCUGUGCAGGCCCUAGCACCCGUGCCGGAAAAUUCUUCCAUGAGCUCCAGUUGAAAACUUGUAUGAAGCCUGUGGCCUCAGCCUUAGACACCAACAUUACUUUACCACUGGGAGCAAAUUUAACUCUCACUUGUUUAGUCAAGGCUAGGCCUGACCCCAGCAUUCAAUGGAUGUACAGUCUGAAGAUUAUAAGAGGAUUUGCUGGGCAUUCAAUGAUAUACAUACGCUUAUUAACAGCACAUUCAAUGAGGUACGUACAGAAUAUUAAUAUAUGUCCUGAUUUUACAUAUGUAUAUCCUGCCAAUCACAUGAGUAACAUAAUUCUUGGUGCCCCGUUAGUCAAACAGAUACGUGUGGACGAAGACACCAUCAGCUCGCAGCUGAUAAUUCCAUCUCUUCACCUGGCAGACAGAGGAUACUACAUUUGCAUUGCCAACAACUUCAUAGGAAACUCCUCCAUUAGCGUUAUUGUCAACGUCAGGUCCGUCAACUCCUCCGUCACCUUGUCCCCUGCUUUCCCGUUAGCAUCAGCGGAGGAGAAUGUGUAUAUAGACAUCCGCAUCUCCAAGCAGACGGUCUAUGGUAUCACCUUGGAGUGGUAUGCCGUCACAGAGAACCCAGCAGAAACCUGGUUUACCAUCCACUUUGGUAAAUACGACUUUCCCAAAAAAGAGAUGAUCUACAUUGGCCCUGGCAUCAAUAGCUACUCAGUUGGUGACCUGAUGCCAGUCACAAAGUACGAGGUCUGCGUGACCCUAAAAAACCAAGCUCCUCGUGAAGGCCAGUGCAUUGUGUUUGUUACAGGCAGUGACAUCAGCGAACUGGAACAGAGGGAGAGACUCAUUCACAUUAUAGUGAUUGUGUGUGCUAUGGUACUGGCAGUGCCUGCUGGCAUGUACGCCUGCACCACCGACACCAGGUUUAAAUGCUUUGAGCGCUGUACAGAAGUGUGCAAGAGGCGGAGGCAGCAGGGGAAAGACCUAAAGAGAGCAGAGGAUAGACACGGCACCUUCGAUAGCUUGCAGGCCGCCAGUGACGAAGCACUUUGUCGGGACUCUGAAGAGAGGAUGAUGAGGAGGAGGUCAGAUGAUAAGAGUGGGAAGGGCAUCAGCGGAGCACAGCUGUAUUAACUUUAGCUAUAUUAGCUGCCAAGGUACCUACGGUAAGCAUAGAGAUCAUGUUAAGACACGGUCUUAGUUGAAAGUUAAGUUUCAGAAUGGUUGACAGUUAAGCUUAAAUUGUCUUAUUAGGAUUUAAAUGCCUUUCUUCCGUGUUCCUAGGAAGAGUUUGUUGAUGUCUUGUGCAAAGAUUUUUUACUUAAAAAAGAAACGUUUUUUUUACAUA